UCUCUCUCUUUCUUUCUCCCUCCUACCACCGCUUCCUCCUCUUGCUCUCUUACUUCCCUGCAGCGCCAAGCCAGCUCCCCAACCUGGUCUGCCGAACGCAAACCGCUGAGAGUUUGCCGAGCCGCCCCCUGGGGCCCCGGGCUGCCGAGUCCCGCUAAGGCAGAGACUCCAGCGAGCGAGAGAGCGCGGCAGAGAGCGCGGCGGAAGACAAACAAGGCGCGCGGGGAGCCCCAGGAGGCGGCGGGGCUGGCGGGCGGCGAUCGGCCGGAGGACGCGCGCUCCGAAAAGUUAGACUCCGGGCGGCGGCGCGCCGCGUGCCCUCGCGUGCCCUCCCGGAGGCGCCCGGGAAAGACCUCGCUCUUCUGGCCUCGAGCUUCCUAACGUGAGAGGGGACGGAGGUGUGCCGCGGGGCCGGGGCGGGAGCAGCGAGCGUGACGCGCGAACGACGCCGCUGGCGGAGCGAGCACGGCGGCUCUGAGCCCGAUGCCGGCGGCCAACAUGAUGGAGAACUUGCAGCUGCCCGCUCUGCAGGUUCCCGAGCCGCGGGGCGCGCCCGAGGGCAGCCCGGUGUGGUCCAGUUCGUCCACCCCCACGCUCCGCCGCCGGCGCCUCAAGAUGCGCCGGAUGAAGAACGUGCAAGAGCAGAGCCUGGAGGCCGGCCUGCCCCAGGACUUGCCCGGCGUCCUGGCCCCUAGCAAAGAGUUCCUGCAGCUGCCGUCCAUCGAGAUUACGCCCUCCAGCGACGAGGACACCCCGUGGUCCAACUGCUCCACGCCCAGCGCUUCCCCGCGCCGCAAGCGCUUCCUCCUCCGCAAGUGGCUGAGGGUGAGGGAGCGGAAGGAGUGCAGUGAAAGCAGCAGCCAGCAGAGUAGCCUGCAAAGCAGCCACGAUGAUGAUUCCAGCAGGUUCCUGAGUCCUCGGGUGCGGGAAGAAAGCACUGCCAGUAACUCCAACCGCAGCACACCGGCCUGCUCCCCCAUCCUCCGGAAGCGGUCUCGCUCACCAACCCCACAGAAUCAGGACGGAGACACCAUGGUGGAGAAGGGCUCGGAUCACUCCUCGGACAAGUCCCCGUCCACCCCGGAGCAGGGUGUGCAGCGCAGCUGCUCCUCACAGUCUGGACGGAGUGGUGGCAAAAAUUCCAAGAAAAGCCAGAGCUGGUACAAUGUGUUAAGCCCCACUUAUAAGCAGAGAAAUGAAGACUUCAGAAAGCUUUUUAAGCAACUUCCAGACACAGAGCGCCUCAUUGUUGAUUACUCAUGUGCACUCCAAAGAGACAUUCUUCUUCAGGGCCGACUCUACCUCUCGGAAAACUGGAUCUGCUUCUAUAGCAACAUCUUCCGCUGGGAAACUCUGCUGACAGUCCGUUUGAAAGACAUCUGCUCCAUGACUAAAGAAAAAACAGCUCGCCUCAUUCCCAACGCCAUCCAAGUUUGCACUGAUUCAGAAAAGCACUUUUUUACUUCAUUUGGGGCCCGGGAUAGGACAUACAUGAUGAUGUUCCGGCUUUGGCAGAAUGCUCUCCUUGAAAAGCCUCUGUGCCCCAAGGAGCUCUGGCACUUUGUCCACCAGUGUUAUGGGAACGAACUGGGCCUGACCAGUGAUGACGAGGACUAUGUGCCCCCGGAUGACGACUUCAACACAAUGGGCUACUGCGAGGAGAUCCCUGUAGAAGAGAAUGAAGUAAAUGACAGCUCAUCUAAAAGCAGCAUAGAGACCAAGCCAGAUGCCAGCCCACAGCUGCCCAAGAAAUCCAUCACCAAUAGCACUCUGACCUCUACAGGGAGCAGCGAAGCCCCUGUCUCGUGUCCCCUGCAGUUUGAUGGCCUGCCUCUGGAGGAAGAGGUGCUGGAGGGUGACAGAUCCCUGGAGAAGGAACUUGCCAUUGACAACAUCAUAGGGGAGAAGAUUGAGAUCAUUCCGCCCGUGAACUCCCCUUCGCUGGACUUUAAUGACAAUGAGGAUAUUCCCACUGAGCUCAGUGACUCUUCAGACACCCACGAUGAAGGGGAGGUGCAGGCCUUCUAUGAGGACCUGAGCGGCCGGCAGUACAUGAAUGAAGUCUUCAACUUCAGUGUGGACAAACUCUAUGACCUGCUCUUUACCACCUCACCCUUCCUGCGGGACUUCAUGGAGCAGCGGCGCUUCUCUGAUAUCAUCUUCCAUCCAUGGAAGAAGGAAGAGAAUGGGAACCAGAGCCGAGUGAUUCUGUACACUAUCACCCUUACCAAUCCUUUGGCUCCCAAAACUGCCACCGUCAGGGAGACACAGACCAUGUACAAGGCGAGCCAGGAGAGCGAAUGCUAUGUGAUAGAUGCGGAAGUUCUCACCCAUGACGUGCCCUACCAUGACUACUUCUACACUGUCAAUCGCUACACACUCACCCGCGUGGCCCGCAACAAGAGUCGACUCAGGGUCUCCACGGAGCUGCGCUAUCGAAAACAGCCCUGGGGGUUAGUGAAAACCUUCAUCGAGAAGAACUUCUGGAGUGGGCUGGAGGACUACUUCCGCCACUUAGAGAUUGAGCUCACCAAAAUGGAGAGCACCUACCUGGCUGAGAUGCACAGGCAAUCUCCCAAGGAGAAGUCCAGCAAGCCCCCAACGGUUCGGAGGAGGAAGCGUCCCCAUGCCCACCUUCGGGUGCCUCACCUGGAAGAGGUGAUGAGCCCAGUCACCACACCCACUGAUGAAGAUGUGGGCCACCGGAUCAAGCAUGUGGCAGGUUCCACACAGACGAGGCAUAUCCCCGAGGAUGCGCCCAGCGGCUUCCACCUGCAGAGCGUGUCCAAGCUGCUGCUGGUUAUCAGCUGUGUGAUCUGUUUCAGUCUGGUGCUGCUGGUCAUCCUUAACAUGAUGCUCUUCUACAAGCUCUGGAUGUUAGAAUACACCACCCAGACCCUCACUGCUUGGCAGGGUCUGAGGCUCCAAGAAAGGGGUCUGGGAGCACAGGACAGUCUGCUGAGCAUAACUCCAGCUGCUGGGGUGCCCCUUCUUCUGCCCCACAGGUUACCCCAGUCUCAGACAGAAUGGGCCCAGCUCUUAGAGUCCCAACAAAAGUACCACGAUACUGAGCUCCAAAAGUGGAGGGAGAUCAUCAAAUCCUCAGUGAUGCUCCUUGACCAGAUGAAAGACUCGCUCAACAAUCUUCAAAAUGGCAUCAGGUCCCGUGACUACACAUCGGAAAAUGACGAGAAGAGGAAUCGCUAUCACUGACAAGGCAGGAACAGAGGUGGCUGCAGGAGGCCUGUGCAAUACGUGUACAUAGACCCUAUAAAUAUCUAUAAAUAUAUAUAUACAGAAUAUAAAUAUAUAUAUAUUAUAUACAGAUUUUAAAAAGAGAUAAUGCCUACAUACCAGGGAGAAGGAGCGGGACCUCCCGCCCCUGUGCUGGCUGGAGCAGUGUUUCCCCUGGGUUAAGGGGCCGAGGAGGGCAGGGAGUACCUCUCAGCACCGACAUCCCCUGAUCCUCCUCCUCCCAUCCUCUAUUCCUCACCCUUUCCCUUGCUGGCCGUUCUUGGCUCCCAGAAGGGAAAUGUUGCUGAGCCAAAGCUAUGCCUGGGAAGACCCUCAGGUCUUGAAAGGAGUCUCAAGAGGGCAUUGCUUAAGGUGCUUCAUUCCCUAAUCCCCUUUCAGUUUGUUUCCAGAAUAAAAGAGAAUCUGUUCUUCCCUACCCCAUGCUUCCCGAGGCAUUCUCUGGGACACAGAAGCAUCAAUGGCUGAUCUCAACUCCCCCCUAGGAGGCCAGUGAUUUGGACUGUGCCGAGAGCCAGGAGGGGAAGGCUGGGAGAAGCUAGUGAGGCGGUUUCGGUGAGCUUGGGCUUUGGAGCUGCAGGCUCCUGAGCACUUGUGUUCUGGAAGGUUUCUCCUCGGUCACCCCUGCACCUUGCUUUGACAUGGGUAGGAUGUGGACCCAAUAAGGGCUAGGAAUUUCUAACUUGCCCACCCUCUUUCUCUCUGGUCUUUGCUCAGGCUGGAUCUGGGCGAAGUGUCACUUUUUAGUGCCUAAAGUCCUAUUGUUUUUCUGUGCCCUAAGAGCACAUUGUUUAUUAGCCAGGGUGGAGCAUUUUUGACCUUGUUAACCCCUUUUUGUGGUUAUGAACAAGUCAGAUCUGUGGCUCUAAUUCCUUCAGUUUAAGCUAUGAGUUUGAUUUCCAGGGUGAAUCAGGGUGUCUCAGGCCCUCCAGGGUUUAAGAGGAGGAGAGGUCUCUGGCCAGUGUGCAUAGCAGGCUCUGCCUCAGAACCAGCUUCAGUCAGUGGAAACAACUGUCUGAGACACUUUGUAUGUGGAAGAACAUCUGAGCCAGUGGAGAGGAGGAUUUGGUAUAGAUGUGUGUGUUUGGGCAGAAAAUGACCAGAUGGGAUCUUUGCCCCAAAGUGCCCAUUUCAUUGCUGACUCUCUCAAGUUGGGGCAUGGGGAGUCUGUUAUAGGGUUGUACACACCCUUCUCAGACAUCUGCUCCAGAGAGGUGUGAGGUUACUGAGGAAUAGAAAGAAGAUGCUGGGUAGAGGUGGGAGCCAGCCUGGGCUUUUCAAAGUUGGCCUGCUGGGACCCACGGUUUUAUCCCAUCUCACAGGGCCCUUCUGGGCAUGUUCACUGUCCUUCUCACAUUGCCCUUUCUCCAUAUGCUGACCAAAGGAGGCCUGCAAGCCCCAGGCAGAGGUCAGGAGAUCUGUGAUCAGUAAAGACAAAGAGAACUGUAUGAGCCUGCUCUGUCUCCUAGGUUCUGGAUGCAAGGGGUAGAAGAGAACCCCAGGUUGUCCCAGAACAGGAGCCCAAAGGAUGGAAGAUUUUAUCAGUGACCUACCCUGAUGAUGAGAAAGUUAUAUUCUUUCCUUAGGAUGUCCUUAACAUCCCAUUUUGGAAGUUAAAGAAAAGCUUUUGACUUUUCAGUCUAUCCAAGAAUAAGGCCUUGGCAUUUCUCUACAAGCAGAAUCAGAAAACAAAAGGAUGUCAUCUCUGAGACAGAACAAUGAGAAGUCUGUCAUUAAUUGGUUGGUCAGCCAGCACUGAUACCCAUUCCCUGAGAAGCAGAAGUGAGGCACUGGCCCAGGGUAAUGCUUUCGAAGGGCACAUUUGCCUCACACCAGUGGUCAUCUCUCAGUUCUUGUCCAGGGCUUUGAGGAAGACACUGGUGAAGGUUGAGGCCCAUGAGCCCUGAGCCAAGGAAGGAAGCGUGGUACAGACUGCUAGACUGCUAGACUGCUAGACAUUUCCCCUUUGGAGUAGCCCGAAGCCAAAAGUAUUCCCUGAAACUUUUGAGAGCAGAAAUUGUAAAUUCUCAGAUCUAUCCCAUACAUAAUUAUUUAUUCAAGUUUCUUAAUUAUGAAAGUUGUCAUGGACCCUUUUAGAAGACAUAGAAGAGGUUGGUUGCCAGGAGUAAAGUGACAGAAGUAGCCUUGGGCACUGAGAGGUGGCGGUGUCACUCCCCUCUCAGGACCACUGGGUGGAGCAAUAGGUAAGAGCGAGGGGUACUUGUCCAAGGCACCCUCCUGUUUCCUGCUAAUUUGCGCCCAUGAGACAAUGUGUUCAUGUGGAGAAUGUCCCCUAAGAAUCAUGGAUCUCUUGAGAGCUCUCUGUUCUAUUAAUUGUUUUGGCUUUUAAGCCAGAAGACCAACAACUCUAUUCAUUCCCAAGCAAAGUAUGAUUCCCCUUACUCAAUAACUUGUGAAGGAGAAAGAAACUCACCCUUAUGGACAAGUCUGGGAGUGAGACAGAAACAUGGCAUUGUGAUCCUUGGCUAGUAGCCUGGCAUGUAGCUGUCUGCAAAAAAGCGUCAAAGCCACUGCUUCUUGUGUUACUUCUCCAAGCCAGUACGUUUUAUUUUUGUUGACAUGGAAACACUGGGACCACAUGGAUGUUUAUCUGUGAGGAUUCAUGUAGUAACACACAUAAGACUUUGCACUUAAUUCUAAGGAAUUCACAGUUUCUAACCAGGGGAAGCAUAACGACAGGGUCUACCUUCCCCUCCAGCUUACCGUGGAGUAGCUGACCAGAUUGUCCUCGGAAAAGCCACUCAUGUCUGCAACUCUCCCCGUUCCCUGUCUGCCUCCCCAGGACAAGGGGCCAACAUCUCAGGCCAGCAAGAUCAGUGACUCAGAAAGAGCACUGAACCAAAAGUCAGGAGACUGGGUCUGAGUCAUUCCCCAUCACAGAGCCUCAGUACAUGCCUGUCACAGGAGGAGGCUAAGGGAGACCAUCUCUAGGGCAGGCUCUAGCUUUGGCUUUGACUUUGUAUUAGGCCAGAGCCUGCAAGACUGGGCUUUGUCAGAACUGGAAGGUCCUCUGCCAGGAUGGAAUAGUCUGCCAGGCUAGAGCUUCUCUGCUGUAUAGUAGGCAGUAGGCCACUGUGUGGAUUCCCAAGAAACCUAAGCUAGUUAGACUUUGUUCUUAGGGUUGAGGAGGGAUAGAAAGGCCCAGUGUUAGAGAGAAUGUUGCUCAGUAUUAACCUAGGAGUGUUUGUUCCUUCUUUGGCUUAGUUUUUGUUUGGGAAGGGAACUUCUGCUAAGCUAGAAGGAAGAGAAUGAUGGUAAGAAGAGCAGCAUCUUGGACUGAGCCUAUCUUCCAUCUGUAGGCACUGUGAAGCCUUUCAUCUAUCUAUUCUUGCUCCUCAUUGACAGAGGGCACAGUGGAGAGAAGCCCUUUCUGGUUUAGCACUUUUUUUUUGCUCAACCAAAACCCUGCUGGGGUUUAGAGAAAGUCCUUGGAUGGCCCAAGGGCACUGGCACUAAGAACCUGGGAUUACAAGGAGUAGGGACGAUCAAGAGCCCUUAAGAGGAACUCUUUGCUAGAAGUGGAUUCUCUCCAUGUCCCAUCCCUGUCCCCACACUUGGACUGUACCUAUGGUAUUUGCAGGCAGCAUCUCUAAGAUGAGAUCUUGGAGAAAUGACUAGAGGCAGAAUCUUUCUGGACUGUUUGUGGUCCCAGAAAGGUCCUUUCUGUGCCAUAUGAUACCACUUCUUUGGCUCUGCAGGGUAGCCAAAGCCAGCCCAUUCCUGCUAGGGCCCCCAGGAGAAGUAGCACUCUCCUCUCUUCCCCUCCAUGGCAGGGCUGUGGUCUCCCUCUUAGAACUCCUGGACCCCACCUCUCCACUGCAGUAAGAAUUGCAAAGGCCUCUCCCUGACCCCUUUCCUCCCCAUCCCUAGUCUGUAGACUGUGGGACAAUCAUCCCUUGACAUUCUAGAUCCUUCCUCACCCAAUCUCCAGCAGGCUGGCCCCACUCCCUCUCACCUCUGUGUCUUCUUCCAGAAGAUGCAUUUUGGGUCUACAAGGAGUAUAUUUCUGGAAGGCCAUCUUUCAACACCCCUGCUUUCCUGAUGUGGAGCAGGAAUUUGCACAUGGUGUAGAGAGCUCCCCUUCCCACCUCUCUGCCCAGCCUUGUUACCUCACUCCUGCUCCGGCCAUGGCUGUGAUGGGCCCAGCCAGCUCCCUGUUUUGAUGUUCUGUGCAACAGCUCAGGGGUCUUGAGACUCGAGGUCCUCAGCAGGCCUGGGAGUCCAGAUUGGAAGCUUUGGCUCCUGGUGAGAAGCACCUUGCCUGCCAAGAUUUGUUGAUGCCAGAUGAUCUCCCCAACAUAUGAAGGCUUGAAGGACUUUGUCAUCUCUGCCCCCUGGCCCUCCUUGCUUCUCUCAACACAAUAAGACAUUGCAGAAGCAAAAUGGCAGUGCAUGCCUCAGGCAGGACAGCUGGCUUUGUCUGGGCAGUUGGCCCUGGGCUUGGUUGCCAUGUGCAGAGACUGCACAGUAAAAGUAACCAUUUUUGCCAACAAAAGAAUGUGGCUCCCCACAUUUUCUUGCCCAGCACUCUAGGGCCAGACCACUCUCUGCAUGGACCAGACCAUCUUCCCAAACCCAUGGUGCUUCCCCCCACCCCUCAACUUAGGCUCCAAGGUGGGGAGGGAUGGAUCAGAGGCCAUAUCAGGCCCUACAUAAUCCUGACAUGGGUUGGAGUGGGUGAGGCAGAGGGAACAGCCCCCAACACCUGAACUGGGCCAUAUAUACAGGAAAGAACACAGGUCUAUUGCAGUUGAGUUGUCUGGCCGUCUGUAUUUGGAUCUGUAACUGUACUUUGCCUGGCGCUGUGCGCAAGGUCUGAAAACUUACUGCUAGUACCUAGAAACAUACAAGGCUACCCAGCCAAAUCUUAAUGUAAAGUAGCUAGAGCCAUGGAAGUACAGUAUGAAUUAAAAGAAAAAAGUAUUGAAUUACAAAUAA